AAGACGUGUCGGAACCAACGCGUAGGGUACACCGUCACCUCCGUGUGACUCAUUCCUUUUUAUACCACCUAAAACCCAUCUCAGAUCCCAAUACAGAUCAAUUCGAUCGUCUUUCUCAAAAACAGAACAGCAAGAACAUUACGAGGAACCAUGUCAUCGAACCAAGAAAAUGUGAAGAAAGAGAAACUUCAUAUAACAAUGAAGACACACGAAGUGGAUCCAAACGAGAAGGAAGAGAAGGUUGAGGUGGAGAUGGAAGUUAAGGCCAAGUCAGUUGAGAAGGUUAAAAUAAAGGACGAAGUAGACAAGAGUGGAGAGAAAUCAAAAGAUGAGAAGGAAAAAGAAAAGACAAAGGUAAAAGAUGAAAAAAAGAAACAUGGGAAAGAUGAUGAAGGCCAUGGAGAUAUGGAAGUGGAAGAGGAAGAUAAGAAACAAAAGAAGAAAAAGAAAGAUAAGGAGAAGAAAGAUGAGGAUGUGUCACAAGGAAAUGAGGAGUUAGAAGAUGACAAAGAAGGUAAGAAGAAGGCGAAUAAAGAGAAGAAAACGAAAGAAGAUUCCAAGGGUAAGGAAGAAAAGAAGAAGAAAAAGGAAGAGAAGGAUGAGCCUGAGGAAAAAAUUGAAGGAAAGAAGAAAAAAGAGAAGAAAGACUCUGAUGUAAAAGAUGAAGAAACAGAGAAGGAACACAAGAAGAAAAAGAAAGGUAAGGAGAAGAAAGAUGAGGAUGUAUCACAACAAAAAGAGGAUUUAGAAGAAGAAGAAAGUAAUAAAAAGAAGAAGAAAGAUAAGGAUGAAUCAGGUGCAGACGGAAAAGACAAGAAGAAACUGAAAGAAGAAUCAAAGGAUAAGAAAGAAAAGAAGCUGAAAAAAGAGGAGAAGGAUGAGCAUGGAGAAGAAGAGGAAGGGGAGAAGAAAGAAGAUCAGAAGGAGGGAAAGAAGAAAGAUAAAGAGAAGAAACUGAAAGAAGAAUCAAAGAAGGUGAAGAAAGGAGAGAAGGAUGAGCAUGGAGAAGAAGAAGGGGAGAAGAAAGAAGAUCAUAAGGAGGGAAAGAAGAAGAGUAAAGAUAAGGCGAAGACGAAGGAGACUGAUGAGGAUGAAGGAGAAAAGAAGCAAAAAAAGAAGAAGGAGAAAGGUGAAAAAGAUAACAAAGAAGUUGAAGUGUUGUCUAGAGAUAUUACAUUUGAAGAACCAGGAGCUGAAGGAGAGGAAGGCAAGUCCAAGGACAAGAAAACUAAGAAUGGAAAAGACACCGAGGGAGAAAAUGGUAGUGAAGAAGAGAACCAAAACAAAGAUGAAGGCGGAGAGGGUGAAGAUGGGAAGAAAAACAAGAAGAAAGACAAAAAGAAGAACAAAAAAAAAGACCCAAAGGAAAAGAAAAAAACAAAGGAUGAAGAUGAGAAGAAAGAUCAUACAGAAGUUGAAGCCAAGGACGUCAACAUAGCAGGGUCAAAAGAUAAAGUUGGCGAUGAACAAAAGGAGAAAAAGAAAGAAAAAGAUGUUAAGAAGCCUAAUGAUACCAAGAAGAAGGGUAAUGACAUCGGUAAGCUGAAAAUGAAGCUAAAGAAGAUCGAUGAAAAAAAUAGGAGCUCUAAUGGAGAAAAAGGCAGAAAUUGUGAAUCAGAUUAAAGACGCAGAGGGAAUGGGAAAGGGAGAGCAAGACGGGUGAAAAAUGAAUACUUUGGAAGCCUCUGAAAAAUAUAAACUGGCUUAACAAUAUCCACAGAGAAGCUCUAUAAUGUUGAACUGGACUUAAAUCUUUUAUGUUUUUCUUUCUCAACAGUUGUUGUGAUAACUUGAAAUGGUUCGUGUACCUUUGGUUCUGUUCUUUCAUAUCAUCCAUGUUGUAACGGUUACGAUUGUGUUUAUAUACUUGCAAGUUCGAAUUAA